CGCCUUGCCAGCUAGAAAUGUAAAAAGAAGCAAUUGAAAGUGAGAGUGCCGCCCUCAUUGCUUAUUUAAGCUUUGGUGUGUGGAGGAUGAAGGCAUUGGCAUCGACUGAGCUUGAGUGCGAGUUCCAUUCCAUUCUACUUCAUCGAAGGGUUUGGGUGGUAGUACUAACGUGGAAAGAUGCCGUUUGGAAUGGGUUCCUCCAGCAGCUCGAAAAAAUCGAAGAAUGUGGCCGUCGAUGCCAGUGGACCCCUCUCUAUGAAAAAUGGUCCAAACAAGGGAGUGAGUGGGCUGAACCUCAAGAAGCAGCUGAGCGUACUGGUUGUGGAUGAUAAUCCAGUCAACCGCAAGAUUCUAAAGAUGAUGCUGGCUAACCUUGGGGUGGAAGCCCAGGAGGCCGAGAAUGGUCAGGAAGCGGUGGACCUCCACCUUGGUGGGGCCCACUUCGAUCUGAUCCUGAUAGACAUGGAGAUGCCUGUCAUGGAUGGGCCUCAGGCAACGAGGGUGCUGCGGACAAUGGGAGUUGGGUGCAAGAUGAUAGGGGUCAGCGCAAACUCACGCAACAGGGACAAGCAAGUGUUCAUGGAAGCUGGAAUCGAUGAGUACCACGUGAAGCCCAUGACUCGCCCCAAGCUCAUUUCCAUCCUCAAGGAGGUCGACGACGCUUGAACAAGACAUACAUGCACCCGCGAAAUAUAACAUGACGUGGUAGUAUUAUAGUAGAAUGUAGUAAGGUUACUGUCAGUUACAAGUAAUAGUAGAGUUUUCAUCUUUGUCUGAUCAGCUGUAGCUGUCAAAGGACAUGAAACUCUCCCGUAAAUAAAACUCUUUUAUCUUACUAU